UAAUAGCUAAUAGACUUGAGAUCUGUUACUAAAACACGCGCUGCUUACUUGAUGGUAUAAUGUCAAUUUGAAACUAUUUUUCAUUGACAAAAACAGAAAGCAACGUGGUUUUGCAAUUUAUUUUUCUUAGAAGUACAGUUAGUUGAAGAGUUUAUGUUAGCUAAAUGCCGAUUUCUUAUUCUACAGAAGAUCGGGCCAUUUUGGAGGGAAAACUGGAAAAUCUGCCCAAGUUUAAUUCUAGAAUUGUCCGAAUUUUUUUCAGUUCAACUUUCACAGACACCAAAUUGGAGCGUGACAUUGUGCUGAAGGAGCUGUACCCCCACUUGCGUGCCUUCUGUGAGGCUAGGAAGUUGGAGUUCCAGCUGGUGGACAUGCGUUGGGGCAUCAAAGACAACUCCCGCUCAGACCACUCCACCGAGAAGCUCUGUCUCAGGGAGAUCCGCAACUGUAUCCAGUACUCGGCCGGACCCAACUUCGUGGUGUUCCUGUGCGACAAGUAUGGCUUCGACCCGAUCAGGACUGAGAUCCCACGCUUCGACUACAUGAGUUUGGAGUCAGCGGCCAGGAACAGCGGAGUGGACUUCUCCUCUGUCGCCACUCUCUACAAACUGGACGAGAACAAUCUCGAGAGGGGUAGUGGAAUGUACAUACCACAGAAAGUUCCGCAAGUUCUUCCGGACUACGAGUCACCUGACCCAAAGAAAAAGGCGGAAGCGGAAAAACAGUGGGACGCCCUGGCCAACGACAUCCAAAAAACCCUGAAAUUACUAGCCAAAAAGAAGUUCCAGGGAGACCAGGCAUUGUUUUACGAGAAGUCAGUUACAGAAGCAGAGCUGAAAUGCGCCUUCAUAGACCAGGAGAAUGAGAAAAAUAGAGACCGAUGCAUUUUGUUCACGCGCAAGCUGAAGGGAAUUGAGAAGCUAGCUUAUGGCAACCCAGCCAUGACAAACUACCUGGAUUUUGAUUGGCUACCGGACGGCUCUAAAAAACUGAACGUGAGCAAGGGAAAACUGCUGGAGAAUCUCAAGGCCAAAGCCACGGACAUCAUCAACCCAGAUGGCUCAAAUCAUGGCGAGAACUUCUUUGCGUACGAGAUAGACAGUCUGGAGUGUGGCAUGGACCCCUCCGACCCCCAGCAUAAACAGUACCUCGAACAAUUCAAGGCCGACUUCAGAUACAGCGUCGAGAGCAUGAUCAACAAGCACGUAGAGGCAAACCGAAAACACAAAAAAGCCUUCGAGAGAAAUCCCGUAUUGAAAGAAGUUGUGCAGCACGCUCAUUUCUGCAACAAUUGCUUUAGACUAUAUUUUCCUCGCCCCGACGUCGAAAAGAAAGUCUUCGAGGCACUUAAAAACUCCGCCAACAACGUUCCCAUUGUCAUUUACGGCGACAGCGGAUCCGGAAAAACGUCUAUAGUUUCAUCUGUCAUUAGGACGAUGCGGGAAAAUUUCAACUACAAAGCUAUUUGUAUUUAUCGGUUUCUUGGAACGACAGCGGAAACUGCACAGAUAAGCACUGUUUUGAAAUCCAUCAUGUGUCAGAUCCGAGACUUGUUUCGGAUUCCAGUCGUUCGAAUUCCGGAGCAAGCGCUGGAUGAUUUUGCUUGGCUGUCUGAGAAUUUUGGAAACAUUUUGGACGAAGUUUCGAGAAAAAUUAGCCAGGAUUUGGUAAUCAUUUUUGACUCCGUGGAUCAACUGUCUUCGAUUGACGGGGCUCACAAGUUCAUUUGGCUGCCCAAAGUUCUGCUACAGAGAGUGCAAAUAAUUUUGGCGGUCGACCGGAAAGAAAUCAACGGUUGUUUUGAAACGUUGUCUCUGAGUUUGAACCGCAUGGAAAACAAGGAAAAUUUCAUUUUCGUUCCUCCUAUGUCGAUGGAACUGGGCGAAAAGAUCAUAGAGACUCGGCUGCAGGCUGCUUCGAGGAAACUGCAAACGGAGCAGCAGAAGUACCUCCUCGACUCGUUCAAGGCCACAUGUCUUCCACUCUAUCUGAAACUGGCCUUAGAGGAAGCCCUGACUUGGAACUCAUUCACUAAGCUAAGAGAUAUUCAGCUAGCCAAGAGCACCUCUGAGAUCAUAGAGCAGUUCUUCCGCAAACUGGAGACUAAAUACGGCACCAUUCUCGUGAAGAAAGCCAUGUCUUAUCUUGUGGCCGCAAAGCAUGGUCUAUCAGAGACGGAGCUUGAGGACAUUCUCUCUCUGGACAACGAUGUGCUGAAUGAGCUCUAUCAGUACUGGCCGCCUCCUGAUCCAAGCAUAGUGCGCAUCCCCCCUGUUGCCUGGUCCAGAUUGAAGAAUGACAUCACUGAACAGCUGGUGGAGAGACAGGUCGACGGCACUAAUGUCCUAGCAUUCCUACACAAACAGUUCCCGCAAGUGAUUGAGAAGAUGUACAUGUCCCAGAAGGACAUCCUAUUCAAGAUAGAGAUCCACAGAGUCCUCUCGGAGUACUUCGAGAACAAGUACGGUGAGAGGGACUCAGUCGCCGCAGUCUCUUCCGAUGCCGGUCAUGGGAGUACAGGCGGAGCGGAAGAGAAGAGAAGCGUGGCCAAGGAAAUCAUCCUGAAAGUGCAGCGGGACAGGGGUGUGCAGUACCUGGACAGGAAGGUGAGACCGCAGCCGAUGGUGUUUUCGAAUGGUAAGUUCAAUCUGAGGAAAAUGAACGAACUGCCCUUUCACUACAUCUUCUUUGGAAAUGUGGACGCUCUGGUCGACAAUGUUCUGAGCAGUUACGACUGGCUCAUCGCUAAGACCAGAGCUCUAUCUGUUCAACAUGUCAUAGAAGACUUCAACGAAGUGUUGAUUUUCUGGGGUCCUAAAGUUCUGAAGGAACUGUCUCCCGAGAUUAGACGGAUCCGCGACUGUCUUCGACUGUGCAAACCGGCCUUAAACAUGAAUCACGAGGAAGAGAAGAACCAACAGCUGAGUAAUAAUUUUGCCCAUGAGUUCCUUGGGAGAAUGAGUGUGAUGGAGUCUAGUUCAAAGGGGCCAAUCAAAAAGAUACUCGAGAAGUGCCGACAGGUGUGCGAAUCACGUGAGUCGUCCAGUCUGAUCCCUGCCAACACCUGCUAUCCCUCCCCCAGCCGGGCCCUGAGGUGUUCCCUCUUCGGACACCAAUCCUUCCCCACCUGUCUGCAGUAUCUGCGCAACGGGGCUUAUCUACUGAGUGGGUCCAAUGACAAAACUGUUCGUGUAUGGGACACGGAGACUGACGAACUGGCAAUGAACUUCGACGAACACAGAGGUCAGAUUCGCGCAAUCUGUACAAUAGUGUACGCGAACGUGUGCGCCAGCAUAGCAGACGAUUCCCAACUAUACGUGUGGGAUAUCCAGUCCGGGGAUGUGUACGCCCACUUUGAGCAGGAAGUGUUGCCCCACCCCCAAAUGACAUGUCACUUGGCUGCCACAGAGUUCCCACAACAACACAACUGUCGAUACAUAUUCUGCGCCGCCAAACAACUCAAGGUGUGGGACUUGUCAGCCUACUAUCACCUUCAGACCAGUUCAGGCUCCUCCUCUUCAACCACCACCAAAAUGACCUCGGAUGACCUUUUGAGGAAGUGCAAUGUGGCCACUCUGAAGGAGGUGUUCAACAUGGGCCUGAAAGUGACAAAGCUGAAGGUGUCAAUGAAGGACAGGUAUCUGGCCGUGGGAUAUGACAGUGGGUUGCUGGAGAUCUACGGGAUACAGAGACUCAAACUCAGUGCAGAAGACAAGUUGGUCAAGUCGCCAAUAACAGAUUUGGCAUUCACGCAUGACGAAAACAAGCUAUUCUACUCUUCACAGGAAGGCAUCAAGUGUCUGGCUCUGAACAGCAACUCAAAGAACGUCCUAUGGAACAACUCCACAAGAAGCAUCACUCUCUCCAAAGACGGGAAAUAUUUCGCAGCCGGAGGAGGAUCGGGAGCGGGUAAUGUUUUCGUGUGGGACGUCGAUGAACUCAUCCAGUCACGGGCGCAGCCGAUGUACAGUGCAGACCACACUGCAUUCGUAGGCAAAUGCGAUGUGCUUGAUGUCCGCUUCUGUCGCAACAACGACUUCGUCGUGUCAGUGUCUCUGUCGCGCAACAUGGGCUCCGGUGGGGCGACAGACUACAUUGACAAGAGUCUUCUGGUUGCCACGCCCAUCUACUCCCAACAACACACAGACUCCAUCAUUCUAGAUGGGCUCACAGGCGUAUGUACAGCAAUUGGAGUGUCAGUGGACAGUGUUGCAGCCUCUUGUGACAAGAGUAGUACUAUCAAAGUGUUCCAAGUGGACAGAGAGUGGGGGGAGAUGAUGCGCAGGAGUACAGUCUUCAUCUACAGGAACCCAUCAUACCUAGAGGACAUUCGAUCGGACGGCACUGUGCUUGUGAAGUCUGGACAGGAUUUGUUGGUCUGGCAGGAGGGUUAUCACCAGGCCAAACAUGUCGUUCGACACGGACAUACCCUCACGUGUCUGGCUGCUGGACCCACCUCACUCAUAGCCUCGGGCGACCAUCAGGGGGGACUAUGUCUCGCAUACUUCACGACACCUCACGAAGAGUGCAAGCCUCAGUUUUUUGAAGCAGAUCGAGACAAUUACGACAUCCAUCUGAUUGUCAUCGACAAAGCCGAAAGCCGAGUGGCUGCAUUACAUAACAUGGGACACCUUCGAAUCUACAGGAGACAAGUCGACAACAACUUUCAGUUCUCGACUCUCAUCAACUACUCGGGAUCCUACGCUCAAGUGUCGAGCAUGUACUUUUCGGCUAAUAAUACUUUCGUGUUUGCGGCGAAGAAUGUUUUGAAGUUGUACGACAUCGGAAAAAAUCAACUGGUUAAAGAUAUCAAAAAUGUGGGAAAAGAAAUUGUGUUGAGCGCUUUGAACGAAGAUGGGACUAAUUUUGCGGCUGUCGACUUGAAAAAUGAAAACUUUGUUCACGUGGUGGCUUUGUUCAAGAACGAUUUACUGAAAGACAAGGUCACUUUGUCCAUGGCCACAGGAGCAACUGUAGCCAUAUGCUUCGGAGGCCCGAAACAGAACUGCCUUGUUGUCGGAACCUCCGACAACAUCAUAUGUGUCUACUCAAUACCUAAUGAAGAUGUCCUAAUUUACGCUUUCGUCUAUGACCAGCCCACUAAGCUCAUUUACAGCAAUGGAGUCAUCUAUUCUGGAAUGAAAAAUGGACAAUUUGCCAAAUUGAAAUUAAGUUUAAAAGAAAAAAUGAGCGACAAAAGUUCAAGUUUAGGCAAAAUGAACGAAACUAAAAAAUCAUUUUCAAGUCUAGUUUCUGCUGAAGAUUUAUUUGGUGGGUUUGGAUUCAAUGGUGAAAACAAUAAUAGCGAAGUGCGCGUUAAGCCGAAAGGAUUAGAAUCGGUAUUAAAACCAAGUAACAAAUUAUCUUCUACAAUUGAAAACGCGAAAAGCGCGAAGUUUCAUAAAAUGUCAGCGGCGAUCAUUUCUCCAGAUGAAAUCGCUUCAAUGGCGCGCCAAGAGGCUGAAAGAAAGAAGAAGCUAGAAGCCAAAAUGUCUCUUGGAAUUGUUUUAAACAAAGUGUUGCCAGCCCACAAAGAACUGCCGUCUCCUAGACCUAAAGAAAAGCGUCGGAAAAGUUUGAUUCCUGAACAGUCCGGAACUUCUAAGCAAGAGGCUGCCGGUUCGAGUCCCGGAAAAGAACAAAAUCGGCGAAGUUUUUCAAGAGCGGUUUCGACAAACACUUUAGUUAAGGAGAUAAUAAAAGAAAACAAAACAGCAAAACGAAAUACGAGUGGAAGAUAUAAAAAACCAUCAAGGUCAAAUCGCACCCCAAAAGCAUCAGACGAAGUGAAAAAUAUGAUGAAAAGUUAUGAAAAAUUCGAAUCAGAACAUGUGAAAACUUCGAAAUCCGAAGAUAAUGACGUGACAGCAAAAGUUUCAACUUCAAGUCUAACAGUUCCUCUCGUUUCUAGGAGAAAAAUUUCAGGAACUCGCAUGCAAAAAACAAGCCUGCCGGAAAUAUCUCUUCGCGGGGUUUCGGGUGCCUCGAGAAAAAUCUCAAAACCCGCAUUUCGCUCUGAACAAUCGGAACUUCUCAAAUCGGUCCUAGAUCAGUAUGAGAAAACGCUGGUUCAAGUUCGCAGUGAAAAGUUUUUCCAACCAACUUUGCCAAAUCGUAAGAUCAGUUCACACGCGUUCUCUUUCUCGUCUCGGCCGAGCAGCCGAGUCCAAUACGAGAAACACAGCGACUGUUACCCAAAACACUUUGACGAAGAACCUAUUGAAAACCCAAACUACGUACCGCCAGAUGUACGAGAAAUAAGGAGAAAGAAAAACAGAGCCAAAACAGCGGUUGCUUCCGCAAUCAAAACUGACGGUAAUGGACUAAUUUUAAGACGAUUGAACACAUUCGAACUUAACACAUACUACCCUUCUGUUCUACCGAGAACACAAGUUACUGCAGGUCCAAAAAUUUGGAGCGAAAAUUCAAAAUAUUGUUGCCCUAUAGCGAAGGUGCAAGUUGCACCGACAAAUGACUUCUUUGACACAGAACUGACUAUUGUGAAAAAUUGCAAAUAAUGUAAAUUCUUAAAUUUGUAAGAAAACGAAAAAAAUGUAUGUACAAAAUAAAGAAUCAUUGAGCAAAUUUACUUUUGAACACUUA